UUGGUUUCUUCUAGCGCAUCGGUUCCGCCCCGUGCCAAGAUGGCGGCAGAAGCAGCUGGUGGGAAAUACAGGAGCACUGUCAGCAAAAGCAAAGACCCCUCGGGGCUGCUCAUCUCUGUGAUCAGGACUCUAUCCACCAGUGAUGAUGUUGAAGACAGAGAAAAUGAGAAGGGUCGCCUUGAAGAAGCCUAUGAGAAAUGUGACCGUGACCUGGAUGAGCUGAUCGUGCAGCACUACACGGAGCUGACCACAGCCAUUCGCACGUAUCAGAGCAUCACGGAGCGCAUCACCAACUCCCGCAAUAAAAUUAAGCAGGUCAAAGAGAACCUGCUUUCCUGCAAGAUGCUGUUGCAUUGCAAACGGGAUGAGCUUCGGAAAUUGUGGAUUGAAGGAAUUGAACAUAAGCAUGUUCUGAACCUACUGGAUGAAAUUGAGAAUAUCAAGCAGGUGCCCCAAAAGCUGGAACAGUGCAUGUCCAACAAGCACUACCUCAGUGCCACCGACAUGCUGGUGUCAGCAGUUGAGUCUUUGGAGGGCCCCUUGCUCCAGGUGGAAGGACUGAGUGACCUUAGGCUGGAGCUUCACAGCAAGAAGAUGAACCUCCACUUGGUUCUCAUAGAUGAAUUGCACCGGCACCUGUACAUCAAAUCGACGAGCCGCAUUGUGCAGCGUAACAAGGAAAAAGGGAGAAUGAGCUCCCUUGUGAAAGAUGCGUCUCCUGUUCCUUUGAUUGAUGUUUCAAAUCUUUCCACUCCUCGAAAAUUUCUUGAUACCUCUCAGUAUUCUACUCCUGGAAGCUCAAGUGUGAGGGAGAUUAACCUCCAGGACAUCAAGGAGGAUGUGGAACUGGAUCCAGAGGAGAACAGUACCCUUUUUAUGGGCAUUCUCAUCAAGGGGCUGGCCAAACUGAAGAAGAUCCCAGAGACAGUUAAGGCGAUCAAAGAACGCUUGGAGCAGGAGCUAAAACAAAUUGUGAAGAGGUCUACAACCCAGGUGGCAGACAGCAGCUAUCAAAGGGGAGAGAACCUCACUGCGGAGAAUCAACCAAGGUUACUUCUAGAACUGCUGGAGUUGCUGUUUGACAAGUUCAAUGCUGUAGCCACUGCACACUCUCUGGUCCUGGGGUACCUACAGGACACCGCCAUGACUCCACUUACCCAGCAGGAAGAUGUCAAAUUGUACGACAUGGCCGAUGUGUGGGUGAAGAUCCAAGAUGUCCUCCAGAUGCUGUUGACCGAGUACUUGGAUAUGAAAAAUACUCGUACGGCCUCUGAACCAUCUGCUCAACUGAGUUAUGCCAGCACUGGACGAGAGUUUGCAGCCUUUUUUGCCAAGAAGAAGCCUCAGAGGCCCAAAAAUUCUCUUUUCAAGUUCGAAUCGUCUUCCCAUGCCAUCAGUAUGAGUGCUUAUCUGCGAGAGCAGAGAAGGGAGCUCUACAGUCGGAGUGGAGAACUUCAAGGGGGUCCUGAUGACAACUUAAUCGAAGGUGGAGGAACCAAAUUUGUCUGCAAACCUGGAGCCAGAAAUAUUACUGUCAUAUUCCAUCCAUUACUAAGAUUUAUUCAGGAGAUCGAGCAUGCCCUGGGGCUUGGCCCAGCCAAACAGUGUCCUCUUCGAGAGUUUCUCACUGUGUACAUCAAAAACAUCUUUCUCAACCAAGUCCUGGCUGAGAUCAACAAGGAGAUUGAAGGCGUCACCAAGACGUCGGACCCCUUGAAGAUCCUUGCUAACGCAGACACCAUGAGGGUGCUAGGCGUGCAGCGGCCCCUCCUGCAGAGCACAAUCAUUGUGGAGAAGACAGUGCAGGACCUCCUGAAUCUGAUGCAUGACCUGAGCGCGUACUCAGAUCAGUUCCUCAACAUGGUGUGUGUGAAGCUCCAGGAGUAUAAGGACACCUGCACAGCGGCCUACAGGGGCAUCGUGCAAUCGGAAGAAAAACUUGUCAUCAGUGCAUCUUGGGCAAAAGAUGACGAUAUCAGCAGACUGUUGAAAUCUCUACCAAAUUGGACUAAUAUGGCUCAACCCAAACAGCUGAGGCCAAAGAGAGAAGAUGAAGAAGAUUUUAUAAGGGCAGCCUUUGGCAAGGAAUCUGAAGUUCUUAUUGGAAACCUGGGUGAUAAAUUAAUCCCCGCGCAAGACAUCCUGCGUGACGUCAGUGACCUCAAAGCCUUGGCCAACAUGCAUGAAAGCCUGGAAUGGUUAGCAGGUCGAACAAAGUCAGCCUUCUCCAACCUUUCUACAGCCCAGAUGUCGUCUCCUGCUCAAGAAAGCCAUGUGAACAUGGAUCUCCCCCCAGUGUCAGAGCAGAUCAUGCAGACUCUGAGCGAACUUGCCAAAUCUUUCCAGGAUAUGGCUGACCGCUGCUUGCUGGUCCUGCAUCUGGAAGUCAGGGUUCACUGCUUCCACUAUCUCAUCCCUCUUGCAAAGGAAGGGAACUACGCCAUUGUCGCUAACGUGGAAAGUAUGGAUUAUGACCCUCUGGUGGUCAAGCUCAACAAAGACAUCAGCGCCAUCGAAGAGGCCAUGGGUGCCAGCCUUCAGCAGCACAAGUUCCAGUACAUAUUUGAAGGCCUAGGACAUUUGAUCUCCUGCAUCCUCAUUAAUGGUGCCCAGUACUUUAGGCGCAUCAGUGAGUCUGGCAUCAAGAAGAUGUGUAGGAACAUUUUUGUCCUUCAGCAGAAUUUGACCAACAUCACCAUGUCGCGGGAGGCAGACCUGGACUUUGCACGGCAGUAUUACGAGAUGUUAUACAACACGGCCGAUGAGCUCCUGAACCUGGUGGUGGACCAGGGCGUGAAGUACACGGAGCUGGAGUACAUCCACGCUCUGACUUUGCUGCACCGAAGUCAGACGGGGGUGGGAGACCAGACCACCCAGAACAUGAGGCUGCAGCGACUCAAGGAAAUCAUCUGCGAGCAGGCUGCCAUCAAGCAAGCCACCAAGGAUAAGAAAAUAACUACGGUUUAAUGGGAUGCAACGCAUGGGGUCGGGGGUGGGGGAUGGUCAUUGUUGUUUCCUUAGUCAUACUUACUGCUUUCUUCGGUAUGUUAUUUGGUAUGUUCCAAGCUGACUUAGUUUUCUCUGCACUGAUGCUUUAGUGGAGAGAAGGUGUAAGGAUCUUUUUUCUCUAUAGUUUUGGCUUCUCAUAGAAACUCUCAUAUAAAGGGACUUUGCAGUACUGAAUAUUUUGAUUUAACGUGUGCUUUAAUGCAGUGGAUUUCACAGGGGCUAGGGUGGGACAGGGGGAGGAUGUGUUAAACUGGACUCUAAAAAAAAAUGCAUGCACAAAUUACUAAUGCCCGGCAGUCUCUAGGAAGUGGACUGCUACCUAAAUUUCAGUCCCUUCCUAAAGUCGCUUCAUAGGGUUCUACUCCAUAAAAUGUAGGAUUUGUUUUUCUCUCUCAACCUUGUCAGUUAACAAUUCAAUGAAAUAAGUGUAUGUGCACUGCUCUCUGCCUCUAUUGCCAAGAUCAAAACAAUGGCUUCUCAGAUGGCUGGAGUUUUCAACAAAUUUCCCUAACCAAGACAGGACCUCUUCAGGACGAGGGGGGAAAAGUCCUUCUAUGUUAAUCCCUGGGAGAGUUUUGUAUGCAGUAACCCAUACACAGGUUAUAAGUUGGUAUAUUGCCUUCUUGUUUUUAUUUCUGCCAUAAUCAAAGCCAAGAGCCAUGAAAUUAAUGACAAAAAUGGAAGCAUACAAGGUGAUCCAAUCCCCUUUUUGAUUUCACCUCUCUCCUUUCCAAGAGAAAAUAAUGGUGAGCGAACGUUUCAUGUCACUUGAAACAUUGUCCGGGUGUGAUUGAUUCUUAGGUGCUCGUUUACUCUCCUUACAAGCCCCUGGGUCUUUCUCCCUUAGAAAGUAGCCCAGGUCUGCUCAGCUGAAUGCAAGGAAGAUGGGACAGCUGUGACAUGCCUCCUCUCACACCCACCAGCUGCGCUUCUGAAGUGCCCUUGGGUGGUGUGAGCGCUCACUGCUCCUGGAACACUGGGUCUCACCACUGUCCCCAGGUCCCCAAUUGUUCUUGCUACUCGUGGUUGAUAUGUCACAGAAGAAAACAACACGUCGCCUUGAAACCAUGUGGAAAGGAGAACAAGAAGGACUUGGACCGCACACAGUCAUUCCUCACGCCCUACGGGUCUAGAAUGUGACACCCGUUUGUACAACCUAACUGUGAUCUUGGUGAGAAAAACAGAAAAUUAAAAAAAUGUUUGAGAAGCUUCAA